UGGUUCGUAAUUUCCCCCACUUACGAGCCAAAACUAACUAUUUUUUGGCAAUUUUUCGCUUGCGUCAUUCGGUCAGCAAAGCCAUUCAUGACUUUUUUCACCAAAAAGGGUUUUAUUAUGUUCCUGCCCCAAUUAUUACCAGUAGCGAUAGCGAAGGAGCGGGCGAACUGUUUAAUAUUGCCACUAACAAUAAAGAACCGUUUUUUUCCAAAGUUGCUACACUAACAGUUAGCGGACAAUUACAAGCCGAAGCACUAGCCCAAGGUUUAGGGAAACCGGAAAUGACCUUUACUGAUUUAGCGGAAAUAAUUAAUUUGGCCGAAAAAAUGAUAAAAUAUGUAGUAAAUUAUGUGAUGGAUAAUAACCUUGCGGAACUAGAAUACUUAGAAAACUACGAUAAAAAAAAUAAAAAAGAAUUAGUUAGAAAACUAAAAAAAAUUGCUAGCACUGACUUUAAAAAAAUUGAUUACGAAGAAAGUAUUAAGAUAUUAGAAAAAAAUAAGCAAGCUUUUGUCUUUAAUGAUAUUAAAUGA